GUUAUUUGAGAGAUCAACCCUCAGAAAACAGAUGUAGCGACCACGAUUGCAAGCUUGCCGGCUUAAAAUUGAAUGAUAUCUGCUUAUAUUGGUAUUUUAUGCGACGACGAAUCCGCAUAUGAACUAGACUUGCGAUGAUGCCGAAGUCAAGAAGAAAAGAGAAAUUUCAGUUCUUGAAACAAAUUCUUGAAGAUUCCUCCGCAAGCGAUUUAGAAGUUGAUGGAAAGAAAAACACCACUGAAACAUCCACAAAGAGCGAUGGAAGUUCUCAAACAGAAAAUGUGAAAAAAGUAAAAGAUAAGGCAGCGCCGGUUGGAACAUACCCUGUGUUGUUCAAGAAGACUUCUAGAAACAAGAGUUGUCAAACGAGGUUGUCAUCAUUUCCUCUUUUUCCACUACCAGAGGAAACAGAAUGGAUCAGUGAUGAAGAAGGAGAAGGGAAGAAGAAACCUCUAGUUGCUAGGAAGAAGAAGAAGCAAAUCAGAUCUGUUUCCAAGAAUGCAAACAAAGAUACUAUGAAACAGGAGGAUGAAACUAAAAAAAACGACAGCAAAAUGAAAAAUCCUGAUGGAACAAGAAAAAGCUUCAGAUCAGAGCAUCAACUGAAAGACACUGAUAACCCAGUUCUAAAGACCUGGCUUCAUAAAAAAGCCAUAGUGGCUCGCAAGCAGAAAAAGCUGGAAAGACAGGAAAAACGUGCAAAAAGGGCUGCCCUGCAAGAGGAGGCCCGUAUUCAAGCUGAAAGGGCUUUAGAGUCCAUGGAAAGGGUUGGUUUAUGGCUAAGAAGGAAACGUAAACAGGCAAAACUAGAAUGGAGGAAAAGUCACACCAAGGUCACACCUCAGCAAGGGGAUGGCAGCUUACACCCAGGUGAAUCUUCUCCACUACCAUCCCCUGAGUAUAGGGUUGUCAAGAGUUUUAAGUGUAAAGCCCUAUCAUCUGAUUCUAAGACAGGGAAUGUGUCUGAAGAUAAAAGCAAAUCAGUGUCUAAAUCUGUGCCAAUGGCUAAAGAAGCUUCCUCAUCACCCCUUGUUGAUGAUAAAAGUUUUAGUAAAGAGAAGAUACUCCUUGAUAUGAAAGGUGAAUCAAAUAAUGUGGGAAACACUGCAAAUUCUGGAAAGCAGCGUCCAAAGACUGCUAUGGAUCACACAGAACCAAAGUCCACUUCUAGUCCAAAAAUAGCCACAAAAAGACCGAAAACAGCCAAGGAAAGGUCCAUCAAGAAUGCUGACACUAAGGCAAAAGCAACUAGUUCUGCAUCCAGUCAUGACACAUCGAAAAAAAUGCAGGCUUUAAGUUACGAUGAAUGGUUGAAAUUGAAACGAAAUAGUGACAAGGAAAAAAUGAUUAAGAAGAAACAGGAUUUGAUAGAUUCUCACUUAGAAGCAGUCAUCAAAGAACUUGGAAAGAAAAGGGUUGAAAAAAUUAUGUCUCCAAGAAAACAAGUGGAUACAGGUUUGAAAAGAAUUUCCCACUCCUCUGAGCAGUUAACUCAGUCAGAUAGCUCAAAGCUCAACAAAACCAACCCAUAUCGAUGGGUUUUGAGAAAACAACCCCGUCCUGAGCCACAAGGUUGUGACUUUUCAGAAAGCCAUAGCACUGACUUUGGUACAAGUGUAUCUGGUGAACUCAAUGUCAAGGUUGACAAUGAUAUUAGUGGCGUAGAACAACAUAAAAUUUGUCAAGAAGUGAACAACACAUGUGAUGAACUCAAGCCUUCAAUAGAGAAGGUUAAGACCAUUCUUGAUUCAGAAAUAAAGAAGGUCAGAGAAUCUGGAAAAGGUUUGAAUAAGCCCAUAGAUUCACCAGUUUCAUCUCCAACAAAACCUGAGGAGUCCACCAUAAAGGAACUGAGACCAUCGCGACCUAUGUCUGCAAGACCUUCCUCUGCAAGACCAAGAUCAGCACAACCUCUCGCCACAAAACCUGGAAGCACUCACCUGACAAAGGAACAAACAAAAAAGAUUGCAGAAGACCUUGAUGUACUUGGAAUUUGUGACAGUGAAUCAUCAGAAACAGAUGAACUUGAAAUAGAAACUGUUGUUGAUGGUGAGAUGGGAACAAAAUCAACAGUAAGAGAGAACUAUUUCGACUAUGGAAGUGAUGUUGAUCCACCUACAAUCCAACCACCAGAAUUUGUCCAAUAGCCACUGAAAACCAAACAUCACUGAAUCCAGAUAAAUAAGAUACCUCUACUGUUGUCACCUUCACUUCCACUUCUUUUAAGGGAAGCAAAUGCUUCUAUAACACCUCAUAGAUCAUCCGUUUGUUUAUAACACAAUGCAAAAGGGAUGUUGCCUCAGGCCUUUAGCAGGCAUUUGCAAAGACAAGGGAAUAAUGAUUUCCCUAUACACAACUACAUAGAGACAAUCAUUCCAAGUCUACCCUAUCAUCACACUAACAUGUCUCUUUAAGAUAAUAACAGCCAUUUAAAAGAUUGUAAAUUUAAAUUUUUUAUUUAA